AUGAUCAAGGAAAGUCGUCGAGUGGCAGAACUAUCUUGGAGACAGUUCGAGGAAUUGUUUAUGGAAAAGUACUUCCCAAACUCGGUGAGGCAAGAGAUGAUCCAAGAAUUCCUCCAAUUGAAACAAGGGGGCAUGACUGUGACACAGUAUGCCAAUCGGUUUGAGGCCCUUUCUCGCCAUGCCACAGCUAUAGUGGCAAAUGAAAUAGAUAAGGUAAGGCGCUUUGAGUGGGGACUCAACUCGGGACUCCGAGACAAGCUGGUCGCAGUGCAGCUAUCUACUUAUGCACAGGUAGUAGAUAGGGCUCUUGCUCUAGAAAGAGAGAAGAUGGAUACUGCAAAGACUCAAGGUCAGCAGUCCAGAGCCAAUCAGCAAAGAAGCGGAGGACCCUCAAGGAACAAUAGGACCCUUGCCACUUCGGUACCUUAUACUAGGGGGCCACAACAACAACAAGGGUACAAUACCGAGCAGCGUAAUGGGGAAAGGACUAGAAGGUGCUAUGAGUGUGGCCAAGAAGGUCACUUCAGGAACAACUGCCCUCUAAGGUCAGACUACUAUAUCAAUCAAGGAGGGGUUGCUCAACGGAACAAAUGCGCGCCAACCCAAGGAACACGAACUGUGCAAAAUUCCCAAUCCGGAAGAGGUCAACCGCCAGCUAAUCGGAAUGUGGGACAAUCGAGAACUCAACAACCAGGAGAUGCCAAUGCAAGGAAACCUUGGGUGCCAAAUCAGGGUGCCCCCGGGAGAGUCUUUGCACUCCAAGAAGGAGAAGACACCGGAAAUCCUUCAGUGAUCCAAGGUAUACUCAUCCUUAUGAACUCGUGUGUACAAGUCUUGUUUGAUUCUGGAGCAUCACACUCUUUCAUAUCUGCUAAAUGUGUUACAACUUUGGGAUUAGAACCUGAACGAUUAGAAAUGCCUAUGAGUGUAGCCUCACCGCUAGGAGGUCAAACUCGAGUAGAUCUUGUAUGCAAAUCAUGUGAACUAGGAGUCUCCAGUUUGCGUUUGACUUGCGACCUACGGGUUAUGGAAAUGUCAGACUUUGACGUUAUCCUAGGAAUGGACUGGUUAUCAGCCCAUAGAGCCACCAUUGAUUGCUAUCAAAAGACGGUGACUGCUUACUCUCAGGACGGAACGCGAUUCCAAUUUAAGGGGGAUAGGCAAGAUUCUCUAUCACCGACACUUCGGAAAUCAAAGUGGCACGACCACCUAGCUAGAUGGUUAGCCAGCUUAGUUCUGGAAGACAAGGACCGUAUGGAACUAGGGUUACCUCGUGUGGUACGCGAGUAUACUGAUGUAUUUCCGGAGGAAUUACCAGGACUACCCCCAAAGCGAGAAGUAGACUUUACCAUUGAACUACAACCUGGCACAUCACCGAUCUCAAUGGCACCACAUCGUAUGGCACCAGCUGAACUGAGAGAGCUAAAGACACAGUUGCAAGAGUUGUUGGACAAGGAAUUUAUAAGGCCAAGCACGUCCCCAUGGGGAGCACCAGCCUUAUUCGCUAAGAAGAAAGAUGGGACACUUAGGUUGUGCAUUCAUUACCGCCAACUCAAUAGAGUCACCAUUAGGAAUCGGUAUCCACUACCUAGGAUUGAUGACCUCUUCGAUCAGCUUAGAGGGGCAAAGUGUUUCUCAAAGAUAGACCUCAGAUCUGGGUAUCACCAGUUGCGUAUUCGGGAAGAAGAUAUUCCUAAGACUGCAUUUCGAACCCGUUACGGCCACUAUGAGUUCGUAGUGAUGCCAUUCGGCCUAACCAAUGCACCAGGUGUGCUCAUGAGUUUAAUGAACAAAAUAUUCACGCCUUACUUAGAUCAAUUUGUGGUAGUUUUCAUUGAUGAUAUUUUGGUGUAUUCCAAGUCUGAAGGAGACCAUGAACAACAUUUGAGAAUAGUACUUCAAACCUUGAGGGAGAACCAACUGUAUGCUAAAGCUAGUAAAUAUGAAUUCUGGAUAGAGGAAGUAAAAUUUUUGGGUCACGUAGUGUCUGAAAAGGGAGUAUCGGUGGACCCAACUAAAGUAGAGGCAGUGACAGAAUGGAAGCAACCUAAGAACACAUUCGAGAUUCGUAGUUUCUUAGGGUUGGCCGGUUACUAUCGAAGAUUCAUUUAG